AUGUUCUCCAAAGCCAUCUACGCUCUGGCCCUCGCGGCACCCUUUGUCUCAGCUCAGACGUUCACAAAGUGUAACCCUCUCACAGCCACUUGUCCCGCCGACCCGGCUUUUGGCAAGGACACUGUCCACUGUGACUUCACAAAGGGAGCAUGUGAUGCUUUCGCCGAAGACGCUGGCACAUCAAUCUCACAUAACGAACACGGCGCUGUCUUCACAAUUACUGGACUUGAUCAGGCUCCUACAAUUGCGACUAGCAAAUACAUUUUCUUUGGCCGUGUUGAUGUCGAGUUGAAGGCCUCUAACGGCGUUGGUAUCGUCACCAGCCUUGUGCUACAGUCUGACAACCUUGAUGAGAUCGACUAUGAGUGGUUAGGCGGAGACAAUGCUCAAGUUCAGUCCAACUACUUCAGCAAGGGUGAUGUGAGCACAUACGACCGUGGUGCUUUCCACCCUGUUGCAAACCCUGUUGAUGAAUACCAUCUCUACUCUAUCGAGUGGACGUCCUCCUUUAUCAACUGGAUGAUCGACGAUGUCGUUGUGCGUACCCUCAACUACGCCGAUGCCAAGGGUGGCAGCGGGUUCCCCCAAACACCAUGCCAGAUCAAGAUGGGAACAUGGACUGCCGGUCGUCCUGACGCCGCGCCCGGAACUAUCCAGUGGGCUGGGGGAUUAACAGACUUCAGCCAAGGUCCUUUUGAAGCUUAUUACAAGAGCAUCUCCAUCGUCGACUAUGCUGGUGGUGACCAUCCCACCACCAAGAGUGUGAGGGAGUACAUCUACCAGGGCAACUCCUGCACCUAUGAGAGCAUCAAGAUGUCAUAA